ACAACUAGCCCGUCUUUGCUUCCGCGCCGCCUUCUCUGAACCAUGGAAGGAGGAACGUGGGGAUGAGGGCCUGAGCCGCCUCUUCUCCUUGGGGCUUAGCCAUGUUGGAAGGGCUGAUCGCGUGGGUCCUCAACACUUACCUGGGCAAAUACGUCAGCAACCUGAACACAGACCAGCUCUCGGUCGCUCUCCUCAAAGGGGCCGUUGAGUUGGAGAACUUGCCACUCAAGAAGGAUGCCUUGAAGGAAGUGUUGCCAUUCGAAGUGAAAGCUGGGUUUAUUGGCAAGAUCACCCUGCAGAUCCCCUUCUACCGUCCCCACAUCGACCCCUGGGUGAUCUCGGUGUCAAAAUUGUACCUCAUCGGCUCGCCGGAAAAGGAAGAGGAGUUUGUGGAAGCGAGAGAACGAUUGCUGGAUAAGGAGAACAAGAAAGCGCUUCUCCUCGCUCUGGAAGAGAAAUGGAAAAAAGAACGGGAGCAGAUCGGAGAGUCUUACUGGUAUUCAGUCACCGCCUCCGUCGUCACCAAGAUUGUGGAGAACAUCGAACUAAACAUCCAAGACGUACACCUGAGAUUUGAGGAUGGGGUCUCCAAUCCAUCCCAGCCCUUUGCCUUCGGCAUCUGCAUCAAAAACGUAUCCAUGCAAAAUGCCACGGAUGAGCCGGUGGAAGAGCUCAUGAAGAAAAAGCGGUUGGACAUUUCCGACUUCAGCAUCUACUGGGACAGCCAAUGCAGCCUGUGGGGAGACAUGCUCCCUGGGGAGCUGCAGGAAGCCAUGGAUAACAGCAUGGAACGCCGGGAUCACGAUUACAUUGUGGAGCCCGUGUGCACCUCUGCCCUCCUCAAGAGAAAUUGUUCCAAGGAACCCCUACGGUCGCGGAAUAUGCCACGCCUGGAGUUCGACAUCCAGCUGGAAACAAUCCCCUUGAAGCUUUCUCAGAUGCAGUACCGGCAAAUUAUGGAUUUUCUGAAAGAGCUGGAUAGAAAAGAACGACAGCUCAAAUUCAGGAAAUGGAGACCAAAAGUCACAGUGACUGGAAACUGCCAAGCGUGGUGGCUCUUCGCUCUGAACGCCCACCUCGCCGAGAUCAGAGAGCAGAAGGAGCGUUAUUCCUGGGAAUUCGCCUUGCGUCGCGCCCGCGACGCCGUCCUGUACACGGAGUUGUACUGCAACAAGUUGAAGGAGUUGUCGCUCACGGAGGAGGAGCAGGAGGAAAUGGAACGCAUUGAAGACGAACAGACAUUUGAGGAGCUGAAAAUCCUACGGGAAAUAGUUUACAACCAGUUGCAGGAGCUGGCCGAGAGCAUUAAGGAGCCCUUGUCCGAUUCUUUGGAUUCGGCCUCGGAGGUGGGGCUGGAAGGCGGCCGGAACAGCAGCAGCGGGAUGCUGCGUUACCUUCAGUCCUGGUUCCCCGGAUGGGGAGGUUGGCACAGCCAGUCCCAAGAAGAGCUGGAAACCGAGACCAUUGGAGGGCUCCUGUCGGACCCAGCGGAAGAGUGGCGGCCGGAGGAGGUGGCGGGGGCUGACGACUUUUUUGAUCCAGCUACCGAUGUCUCCAGUAUCAAUACCUUCACAAAGAGGGACCACGUCCUGGUCAAACUCAACCUGUGGUUGCAAGGUGGCUCCGUCACGCUGUUGCACGCGGAGAAGAGAAGUGGCCAGGCCAGCGAGAGAGCCUUCAUGCAGCUCCAGUUUUCAGGCGUGACCAUCUUAGCAGAAACGCUCCCUCGCAGGAAUUCCUCCCUUUUGAAAGUUCAGCUUGGCAGCCUCUUCCUCCGAGAUUUGGCGACCGAAGGAACCAUUUUCCCCGUCCUCGUCUUCCCGAAUCCGCUGAAGGAAGUCGGCUGUGCCUCUUCUGUCAGCCUCCAGACCUCCUCUUCUGACACCAGCAACCAGAGCAGUGAAGAUCCCGUCCCAGUCUUCGAAAUGCUGUAUGAGAAAAACCCGGCUCGCAGCAAUUUCGAGAGGCGGUUGGAAGUCAGCACCCAGCCCCUGAAUAUUAUUUACAACCCCCAAGCCAUUAAGAAAGUAGCUGACUUUUUCUACAAGGGAAGAGUCCAUUCCUCAGGUUUCGGAUGUCAGUCCGAGCUGGAGUUAAGAGUGGCCGAAGCUGCGCGGAGACAAUACAACAGGCUCAAGAUGCAGACCAAAGCGGAAAUCCGGCAGACUAUUGACCGACUGCUUGUUGGUGAUUUUAUUGAGGAAAGCAAGCGUUGGUCGAUUUGCCUGGAUAUCUCUGCCCCUCAGGUGAUCUUCCCGGACGACUUCAAAUUCUCAGACCCUGUUUUAGUCGUCAUUGACCUGGGCAGAAUGCUGCUCACUAACUCCCAAGAGGAGCACAGGAAAAAGAGUCCGGAUGGCCCCUCCCUAGAGCUGAGCGAUUUGAGCGACGAGGAAUACAAGACCCCUCUUGCCACCCCACCCAACAGCCCCCCUCCGGAACUCAACCCGACCGGAGAGGACAAAAGCAGCGAAGAGUUCCCGGGUGUAGAAAUCAGCGAAGAGCAGCUCCAGGCACACUUGAUGAGCAAAAAAAUGUAUGAGACCUACACUUUGUCCUUCAACGAUCUCCAGAUCAUGGUGGGGCGGGUGAAAGACAACUGGAAAUACGCCCAAGACAUCGACGUGGGCCCGACUCACGUGGUGGAGAAGUUUAACGUCCAUUUGCAACUGGAACGCCGGCUCAUCUACACUUCUGACCCCAAAUACCCCGGAGCUGUCCUGUCGGGCAACUUGCCCGAUUUGAAAAUACACAUCAACGAGGACAAAAUCGUGGCCUUGAACAACUGUUUCGGCAGGCUAAGCACCCCUGAUCCGGAAGCCUCCCAGGCCGGGAAAGAGGCUCCUUUGCCCAGCUUGGAACAGCGCGGGAGCCUGCACAACUCCGUGGUGAACUUAACCCAGAGUGUCAUCCUGGUGGAGCAACACACCAAAGAAGUCCUAGUGGAAUCCCAGCUGCUCCUGGCCGAGUUCCGGGUGAACUGCAUGCAACUGGCCGUCGAGAGCAACGGCCGCUACAUCUCGGUGCUGAAAGUUUUCGGCACCAACGCUCACUUCGUGAAGAGGCCUUACGACGUCGAGGUCUCCCUCACCGUUCACGGCUUGCUCUUGGUCGACACCAUGCAGACCUACGGCGCCGAUUUCGACCUCUUGAUGGCGUCGCACAAGAACCUCAGUUUCGACCUCCCGACGGGAAGCCUACGAGACAGCAAGGCUCAGUCCCCCGUUAAUGGCCUCAGCGAGACCCUGCUCGUCGGGGAGGCCUCUCUCGCCGAGAAAUGCACCCAGGCUUCUUCCAAGAGACUCUCCAGCACGUCGUCGAAACGAGACGAAUCCUUAAUCAAACUGGAAUACCAAUUUGUCACCGCCGAGUGCCCUUCCAUGAACCUGGAUAGUUCCCUCCAGGUGCUCACCGUCCAGAUGAACAACCUGGACAUCAUCCUCAACCCGGAGACCAUCGUCGAGCUAAUCGGCUUCCUGCAGAAGUCCUUCCCGAAGGAGAAGGACGAAGGCAGCCCUCAGCCGCUGCUGACCGACGCCGAAAACACCUUCGGCGAGCAGGAGAAUUUUCAGUCCACCCAUUCCCAAAGCAUUGAAGUGGCCGUGGAGAUCCACUGGCUGAAUGUCCUCUUACUCAGGACGGUUACCUUAGUCAACCGAGAGAAAUUCGGCCGGAAAAUCGCCACGGCCAGCAUUGGAGGCACCAGGGUUAACGUCUCCAUGGGCAGCAGGCUGGAGGUCAACGGCUCCCUGGGCUGCCUCCACCUUAUGGACCUGACCCAGGACAAUGUGAAAAACCAGUAUGUGGUCAGCAUCGGGAACACGGAGCGGUACGAGAGCCUGAUCCGCGACGUGGGCUAUGCCCGGCCCACAUUCCCCCAGUUCGAGGAUGCCAGCGGCCUCCCGGACGCGCUCUGCUUCACCUUCCUCGAACAGUCCGCGGCGGAGUGCUCCCUCCUCCUCCAGAUGGCCUCCCUGCACUACAACCACUCCGCCAAAUUCCUGAAGGAGAUCGCUCUGUCGCUGGACGAGCUGGAGGAGAACUUCCGCGGCAUGCUGAAGAGCGCGGCCAGCAAAGUGACCACCGUCCUGGCCACCAAGACGGCGGAAUACAGUGAGAUGGUGUCCCUUUUCGACACGACGCCCCGGUCCAGGGACCCCUUCAAUCUGGAACACGACGACGGGGAAGAGCAGGCUCCGUUGUACCCCAAGACGGAAACCAUCAAGCUGGUCUUAAACGUGAAGAUCGAGUCGCCCGUGGUCUCCAUCCCUCGUAAGCCAGGCAGUCCUGAACUACUGGUUGGCCAUUUAGGACAAAUAUCUAUCCAGAACUUCGUGACGGGGGAAGACAAACUGAGGAGCGACAGCCUGCAGGUGGAAAUCAGGGAUAUCAAGAUGUAUUCUCUGAAUUGCAGCCACUUGGCGGGCAAAAAGGACUCGCCUCUGGAGGCGCCCCCCGUGCUGCCCUCCCCGUCAGGCUACCAGGAAGAGUCUCAAUUCACCCGUCACGAUUUUUUCGAAUCUUUACAUAAAGGCCAAGCCUUCCACAUUCUGAACAACGCCACCAUUCAGUUCAUCCUGGAGAAGAUCCCCAUUGAGCCCAACGCAGAGCUGGCCUUCUCCCCGAGCGACAGCGUCAACAUUUCAAGCCUGAUGAGGAUCGAAGGGAAGUUCGUCAACCCUCUGCAGGUGAUUUUGGCCAAGCACGUCUACGAGCAGGUGAUGCAGACGAUGGACAACCUGGUGUGCAACGAGGAUCUGACCAAGCCGCCGUCCAGCUUCCCGUCGUCAACUUACUCCAGCUUGGCUUCUCCUUCGGCCUGUCUCCGGAGCCUGAGCGCCGAUUUCCCCACCGGCCGGAAGGAAAACAGCUUCUUCACCCACACGGCCCAUUCCGACGUCAAAGGCCCGAGGCCGGUCCAGGGAGCCUCCCAGUCUUUCACUCAGAUCCAAGCCAUGUUCCACAUCGCCCAGCUGCAGGUCCAGCUCAGCGGCGAUCUGACCCUGGGGGCCCAAGGCCUGGUCAGCUUGACCUUCCAGGACUUUGACGUGGAGUUCUCCAAGGACCACCCGCACACGUUGUCCAUCCAGACCACCUUGCGUUCCCUGCUGAUGGAAGACCUCCUGGUGAAGAACCCUGACUCCCCGUACAGAAACCUCAUGGUGUCCCACGGGGCCCCCAAACCUUCCAGCCUGGCCCACAAGGAGUACCUCUCCCAAUCCUGCCCGCUGGUGUCCAACGUGGAGUACCCGGACAUGCCCCGCUCUCUCCCCUCCCACAUGGAGGAGGCCCCCAACGUCUUCCAGUUCUACCAGCGGCCUUCUUGCGUCUCUCAUCCCAGGCACCACGAAGGUGGCGAGGAGGGCUGCCCGCUGACCCCUCCGCCUUCCCCCACCGCCAGAGAGUUGGCCGCGCCCUCCGGAAGGAGCGACUUCGACGAUUCGCUGGUGCACAUCAAUGUCCUCCUGGUGGACAAGAAGCACCCCGAGUUCUCCUCGCGCUACGACAGGAUCCACCGCAGCGUGGACAUCGACUUCAACUGCCUGGACAUCCUCAUCACCCUGCAGACUUGGGUGGUGAUCCUGGAUUUCUUCAGCAUCGGGUCCACAGCCGAGAAUCACGGCGUCAGGUUGACGCCGAGCGGGGAGGUACAGCAGGCCGCCAAAUCGGAGUUCAAUCCCUCGCCGGACGACGAGGUGCAGGAGGAGUCCGUCAAUUCCAAACUGGAUCUCAAGGUCCACUCUCUGUCCAUGGUGCUGAAUAAGGCAACUAACGAACUGGCCAAAGCCAACGUAUCCAAGCUGGUGACCCACAUGGAAACCAGAGAAGGGGAUUUGACCUUCCGGGGCAGCAUCGGGAGUUUGUCCCUAAGCGACCUCACCUCCCACGGGGAGCUGUACAGGGAACGCUUCACCACCAGCGGGGAGGAAGCCCUCAUCUUCCACAUCCACAAGUACGGCCGGCCGGACUUGUUCUUGCAGAGAGAGUGCGACGUGAGGGUCAGCCUGAGGAUGGCUUCAGUGCAGUACAUCCACACCCAGCGUUUCCAAGCGGAGGUCAUCUCCUUCAUCCAGCAUUUUACACAACUGCAGGACGUCCUGGGCCGUCAGAGGGCGGCUGUGGAGGGGCAAACGGUGAGGGACCAGGCCCAGCGAGCAGCCAGAAUCCUCCUGGACAUCGAAGCCGGUGCUCCCGUCCUCCUCAUUCCGGAGAGCUCCAGGUCCAGCCAGCUUAUCGUAGCCAAUCUGGGGAAACUCAAAAUCAAGAACCGCUUCCUGGUGGCAGGCACUUCCGCUACGUUCUCGCUCAAAGAUAAGGAUCCCGUUCUGUUUUCCUCACCUCUGGGGACGCCAAAGCAUAACGCGAAGAAGACUCCGAGCGGCGAUGAAUCCAAGAAGGCCCCCCAUUUCCCCGAAGGUUUGCCCACCACAGAGUUGUCUUCUGGGCCGAUCCUCGGCGGUCAGAAAAGCGAGCACGCCCCGGAGACCCCCUCCUCUCCUUUGUCAUCGGCGGAGAAUCCCGAGGAACAGGCCUGCCUGCUGGACUGCAUCACGGUUGACCUGCAGGACAUGGACAUCUUCGCCGCGGAGCGAUACCCCCGCGAGUAUCCCCAGCCCGUCCAAGACGCUUCGGUGGAUUUGAGCUUCCCGUCUUUCGUCAUCCGGCAGGCGGGAGGCAGCCUCUUAACGGAACCUUUCCGGCUGAAAUUGCAAGUGGAGAGGAACUUGGACAGGGAGGUCAGCCACGCCGUGCCGGAUAUCUCGGUCCACGGCAUUGUCUCUUCGGUCCACUGUUCUCUGGACCUGAACAAGUACAAGCUGGUCCGGGGGCUCCUGGAGAAUAAUUUGGGGGAGCCCGUCGAGGAGUUCCUACGCCCCUACGACCUGCAGGACCCGCGAAUACACGUGAGACGCGGUCUUUCCGUUUGGUUGGGGAGCAUUGUGACUAACCGUCGUUUCCCUGCAGGUUUGAACUUCCUCCAGCAUUUGAGAGCCAGCCCAGAAGGCUACGCUCACUUCACGCUCUCCGGCGACUAUUACAACCGGGAACUCUCCGGUUGGGAGCCCUUCAUCGAGCCUUGGCCCUGCUCCGUGUUUUGGCAACGGCAGCCGGCCAGCCGCCUCCACCCCUCGCGGCUGAAGCUGGAAGUCAAGGCUAAGCACCGCCUGGAUGUCAACAUCACUUCCAGGUUAAUCGAGCAAUACGCCAGCACCAAGCAGUCCUGGAUGGCCGAUUACUGCAGCCAGGAGAAAGAAGCCACCGACCUGGAGUCCGAAGACUGGGUGGGCUCUUCCGUGGACCCCCCUUCCUUCAGGCAAGGCCUUCCUCUUGCCUACCUUAGAACUAGGAGCACAGCCAGCCUGACUAACCUAGAGCACCAGAUGUAUGCUAGAGCUGAGAUGAAGGCGCCCAAGCGGAGGCAGCCCUUUGUGCCUUUCGCCCUCCGGAAUCACACCGGUUGCACCCUCUGGUUUGCCACGAUGACCACCACCCCAACUCGCGCGGCCCUCCUGCACAGCGGGAGCCCUCCGGUCCUGCCAGAGGAAAAGGAGACCUUCCUGGACGAAGCCCAUAAAGUCAGCGAGUGGCGGGAAGUCCUGGCGGGAGACGAGAUCCCCUUCGCCUUCGAAGCCAAGGGGAAACUGAGGCACAGGCAUACCCACGACCUGGGAAUUCACCAACUGCAAGUGAGAGUCAACGGCUGGGAGGCCGUCAGCCCUGUGUCAGUUGACAAGGUGGGGAUAUUUUUCCGCUACGCAGGUCCAGAUAAAAGCAAUUCAUCCUCAACGGUUGGCAGCCCGAUAAGUAGGACCAACAUCAUCCAUCCGCAGGUUUAUUUUUCCUCAUUGCCUCCAGUUCGAGUGGUCUUUGCAGUGACCAUGGAGGGAAGCGCCCGGAAGGUCAUCACGGUUCGUUCCGCUUUGAUUGUGAAAAACAAAUUGGAAAUGCCAAUGGAGCUGAGGCUGGACAGCCCUUCCGCCCCGGACAAACCUGUCCUGCUCCCGGCGGUCAUGCCAGGCGACUCUUUCGCCAUCCCUCUGCACCUGACGUCCUGGCGUCUCCAGGCCAGGCCGAAAGGCACCGGCGUCUUUUUCUGCAAGUCUCCCAUCCACUGGACGAACGUCCAGAAGACUUCGGAGGUCAGCAGCAGCAAGAGGGAAUGUCACUCCAUGGAGCUGGACCACAGCCGAUUCUUCAGGUUUUGCGUGGCCAUCAAGAAAGAGAAUUAUCCCGACUACAUGCCUUCCAGCAUCUUCUCCGACAGCGCCAAGCAGAUUUUCCGCCAGCCGGGACACACCAUUUAUCUCCUGCCCACCGUGGUGUUGUGUAACUUGCUCCCUUGCGAGCUGGAGUUUUACGUCAAGGGCGCCCCGAUCAACGGGACCCUCAAACCGAGGAAGGAAGCCGUCCUGCACACCGCCGACACUUCGCAGAACAUCGAGCUCGGGAUCUCCCUCGAAAACUUCACCCACUGCAAGGAGCUUUUGAUCCCCCCGGGAACCCAAAACUACGUGGUGCGGAUGAGGCUGUACGACAACAACCGGCGUCUCCUGAACCUCGUCAUCCGGAUCGUGGGCCAAGCCAAAGGUUCCUUGAAGAUAUUCAUCUCGGCUCCUUACUGGCUCAUCAACAAAACAGGGUUGCCGCUGAUUUUCCGGCAAGACAACGCGAAGACCGACGCAGCCGGCCAAUUUGAAGAGCACGAGUUGGCCCGCAGCCUGAGCCCCCUCCUUUUCUGCUACGCCGACAAAGAGCAGCCGAAUCUUUGUACCAUGCGAGUUGGCAGAGGUAUUCACCCCGAGGGGAUGCCCGGUUGGUGCCAAGCCUUCUCCUUGGACGGAGGAAGCGGCGUCCGAGCGCUUAAAGUGAUCCAACAAGGAAACCGGCCCGGCCUUAUUUAUAAUAUCGGCAUUGACGUUAAGAAGGGCAGAGGUCGCUACAUGGACACUUGCAUGGUGACGUUCGCACCUCGCUACUUGCUGGACAAUAAAUCCUCGCACACCCUCGCCUUCGCCCAGAGGGCGUUCGCCAGGGGACAGGGAACGUCCAAUCCAGACGGCUACCUCUCCACCCUCCCGGGUUCCAGCGUGGUCUUCCACUGGCCACGCAACGAUUACGACCAACUCUUGUGCGUCCGGCUGAUGGACGCCCCCAACUGCAUUUGGUCCGGAGGCUUUGAAGUCAACAAGAACAAUUCCUUCCACAUCAACAUGAGGGACACCCUCGGGAAGUGCUUCUUCCUUCAAGUGGAGAUCACCUUGAAGAGAGCCACCUACUGCGUCUCGUUCAGCGACACCGACCAGUUUCCGCCUCCGUUCCGCAUCGACAACUUUUCUAAGGUCCCGGUCGUCUUCAGCCAACACGGCGUGGCUGAGCCCCGGCUCAGCACCGAAGUGAAGCCCUCCACCACUUUAGACUACGCCUGGGACGAGCCCACUCUCCCGCCUUACGUCACCCUGACCGUCAAGGGGGCCGGCUCGUCCGAAGUCACUUGCUGCAUGAACGACUUCCAAGAGAGCAAGCAGUUGUAUUACGAAAACUUCAUCUACAUCGCGGCCACUUACACUUUUUCAGGGGUCCAGGAAGAGUCAGGGAGACCCGUGGCUGCGUACAAGGAUCUCGCCUGCGCUGAGCUGGUCCUGGAUGUUUCUCCCAAGACGCAGAGGGUUGUCUUGAAGAAAAAGGUGUUCGUUAAUUUGCUGCUUGGCUAA